AUGUCCGGAUCCAGCAGCAACAGAAGCGGCAAUGUGUCGGCCCCGCCGGACGCCCCAUCUGCCCGGGGGUCGGGCCGACACCCGGUGUAUCGUGGGGUCAGGCAGAGAAAGAAUGGCGGGAAGUGGGUUUCCGAAAUCCGCGAGCCGAGGUCGCCGAACCGGAUUUGGCUCGGGACUUACCCCACGCCCGAAAUGGCGGCCGUGGCGUACGACGUGGCGGCCAUGGCCCUCAGAGGAUCCGAAGCCGAGUUGAACUUUCCCGACUCGGCGUCCUCGUUGCCCGUGCCGGCCUCUGCCGCCCCGCGCGACAUUCAGGCGGCGGCGGCGAGCGCGGCCGCCGCUGCCGGGGCGGCAGCGGAUUCCCUGAGCGGUGGCUACCGGGCUGGAAUGAGCGAAAACCCGACAGCCCCGAAUGAUCAGUUUGUGGAUGAGGAUUUGAUAUUCGACAUGCCAAAUGUCCUUCAGCAUAUGGCCCAGGGAAUGCUUCUUAGCCCCCCUCGCCUUGAUGCUUCAACCGAUGAUCAUGACACCGGAGCUGACAAUUCAGGAGACGAGAAUCUGUGGACUUAAUAAAAUCAACCGCUUCAAAAGUAUCCUCAACAUUAAUUAUCUUUUAAAUGGUUUUCAAAAACUUUAAGAAAACCUUAAAAAAUAAAACUGGCUUGGAUUGCUUUGUCCUCUUAGUCUGGCUAGGAGCAUCUUGCCGGAUGAGAGAGAACAUUGAAUUUGAGAAUGAUUGGGUUUGUUUUUUUAUUUUUUUUUGAAUUCUGUUUAAAAAUUUGUUCUUGUGAGUUUAUGUGAAUAAUGUUAUUUCAUAAUUGCUCCAUUCUCUUUGAGGCUUUGAGCAUGCAGUUAAUGCUUGGGAGCAAAACCCUAGUUUAGCUUGGAUGAUGGAGGUGGUUUGUUA